CAAGGCGAUAUGCAGCUCUCACAGUUUCUCUCCUGGAGUUUGCAGACAGAGAGACGACGAGAGAAACAGCCAGUUCAGAUGAAGAAAGAAAAGUUUGGAUAGACAACGGUGGAAGGAGAGAGACAGAGAGAGAAACGGGGUCAGAAAAAGAGAACACCUGGUUGAUCACGAGGAGAGAGAGAGACAGGUUAUUUAUUUUUUCAUUGAUACAUCUAUUAACCAGACAACAGAGUAAAGUUAGAGCCAGACCAGCUAAUCAGAGAGAGAGAGACCGGGGGAUCAGAGAGAGACUUGAGGUGAGACCAGCAUCAGUUCAGGAUGGACCCCCUGCUAAGUGGAUCCUGGGCUCUGCUUCUGGCCACCCUGCUACCCCUGCUCUGUGGGGUUUCCUGUGGACAGGACCAGGAGCUGAGAGAGACGGAUGCUGUGUGCUCAGAUGACAGCUGCUUGGUGGCCUACUUCCAGAGGAAGACCUUCCUGGAUGCGUGGCGAGCGUGUAAGAAGAGAGGUGGAACUCUGGCCACCAUUAAACACAGCAGAGAUGCCGCCGCCAUCUCCUCGCUCUUCUCGGCAAUUGACCUGCCACACUCGCGCUCUAAGGUGCAGGUCUGGAUCGGCCUGCAGCGCCACCCUCGCCAGUGCUCAUCCAGCCGCCUGCUCAGAGGGUUCUUCUGGACCACUGGAGACCAGGACACAGAGUUCACAAACUGGCUUGAGGCAGAGUCUCACGGGACAUGCUUGGUGUCUCGCUGUGUGGUCAUUGGCUACAACCGCCUCGACACCACAGAUAACUUCAAGUGGCUGGAAGGGGCAUGCUCAGUGAGCAUGGAUGGGUACCUGUGUCAGUACUCCUACCCAGGCAUGUGUUCGGCACUGUGGGAGGAGGGGGCAGGGCGCGCCCUCUACAGCACGCCGUUCAACUUGGUCAGCUCUCUGCUGAUUCACGUCCCCUCUGGAUCCAAUGCCACUGUUCCCUGCCCCAACAAUGAUGACCAGCAGUUGGUGAUGUGCGAGCAGAAGGAGGAUGGCUCAGUGGACUGGUCCAGACAGCCCCCACUGUGCCCAUCCCAUCAGGGCUGGUGUGGCGCGGAUAACGGUGGCUGCGAACAUUACUGCAGAUUGGCCGGGGGUCAUGUCUACUGCGAGUGUGCAGACAGGUAUCAGCUGGGAGAAGAUGGCCGAAGCUGUGAGCCAUCUGACCCCUGUAAGAGCGCCCCCUGUCAGGCAGAGUGCCUUCCGGUGGCUGACAGCUACCGCUGCACCUGUCCUGAGGGCUAUAUGCUCGCCCCAGACGAAGAGAGCUGCGUGGAUGUGGACGAGUGCCUGCAGAGUCCGUGUGAGCAGGUCUGCAUCAACACCGAGGGGUCGUUUCGCUGCGACUGUCGGGAUGGGUUCACACUGGACCAGGGCGUUGUCUGUGAGGAUGAAGAUGAGUGCAUGAAUGACCCAUGUGACCAUGAGUGCGAGAACACGGAGGGCUCUUACAUCUGUCACUGCCCACUCGGGUACUUUCCGGUCCCUGAGGACCCCAGCCGGUGUCAGGACAUUGAUGAGUGCCAGUACCCUGAGACCUGCCAGCAGAUGUGUGUCAACUAUGAGGGUUGGUUCGUGUGCUACUGCAAGGAGGGCUAUGAGCUGGGGACAGACCUGUACUCCUGCCAUAGGAGGGAUCAGGACGACCGACAGACCGCCGUCACCCCCUCCUUUCCCUGGGGGACCCACCAGCCCCAGUUGGACCCUAACUACAACUGGACCCAGCACAGGAUCAUCCAGUGGACCCCAGAGGACGAGGGCCCUUCUCUGGACUGGCUGACUGACCCACCUGCCAUCCAGGACUCUGAUGUCAUCAGGGUCACCAGCUCACCACUCGAUUCAGACCCCCAAACACCAGAGGACCAGGGUGAGGAGGAUCUGGAUGCUGGGGGGGCAUUUCUGUUGGAGUGGGGGGGGCGAUCAGUGUCCGAGCCAGUCACCACUGAGUCCGCCACCACUGAGUCUGCCACCACUGAGUCUGCCACCACUGAGUCUGCCACCACUGAGUCCGCCACCACCGAGCUCGCCACUGUGACAGAAUCAGAAGUCACACCAGACUCAUACGACAAUCUUGACGAGGAGGACGCCACCACGUUGGCCCCCCUUCUCUCCACCACCACCAUCUCUGGCGGGGCCUGGAACUGGUGGGUGGAGUCAACCACAAACCCCCAGGAAGACGGCCAUCCAGAUCAACCAAUCAGAGAGCAGGACACAUUUGCAGAUCCAGACAACCCUGAAGAGAAGGUGCAGAGUCCAGCUGGGGAAAACCCCAGACUCUUGCAAAAGGAGAUCACACACUCCCAAGACCCCACUGUUCUGACCCCGCUUAGCCCUGCCCAGACUCCCCCGAGCAACGGCGAGGGCGUUGGAACUCUUCAGGGUGGUGGCGAGGAUGGGGGUGAUCAUCGGGGCGAGGGCAAGGAUGGGGGCAGCAGGAGCGCUGUUGAUCCAGAGGGGGAGGAGGUGGGCCAGAAGGAGAGCAGUCUGUGGCUCCUGGUGGGGCUCCUGGUUCCUCUGAGCAUCUUUGUCGUGGUCAUGGUGGCACUGGGCAUCGUCUUCUGCACGCGCUGCUCCAUCCAACCACGAAACAAGGACGCCAGUGACUGCUACCACUGGAUCUCUGGAGCCCACGACAAACAGGGAGUUGCCCCCCCCUCGGGCGAGGUCAGGACCCUGGUAUAGAGCU